CGGUUGUUCGUUUUUGUGCUGGCUUAAAUUUUCGUUACGUUGGAUUUUCCAAUAUUUUACAAUUCGGUCAGUGAUUUCAAGUGAUUAUUCAAUAGAUUAAACAUAAUAAUUGAAAACGGAUUCCAGUAAAGAACAUGGAUUCAGAGAAGCCGUGUGAGGACGAAGAUGAAUUUUUCUACAAAACAACUGAAGAUUGGGUUGGAGAAUCGAUUAUCGAUUACAAUUUGGAGGAGCUGAAAAACGACGACGAAGUGGAUAACUCAGCAAUUGAUCCGUUAGAAGACAGCAGCAGUAGCAAUGGCAGAAAAGCAGUAAAUAGUUGUGACGCUUUGUUUUUCUGCAUUUUGCUAGUCCACAAGCGAUAAUUCAAAGGACAAUCUUCAGGAACCUACGUUGCUCGCUGGGAGUUGUCAGCAGGAAGUAGUCGUGAAUUCGUGAAAAAAGCGUGGAAUUUAUCGAAGAAAUAUUUGGCUCGUGAAGUUGUGUUCGUUUCUAACGCUGAUGGAACAUCAAGUCCAUCAUGGAGCUCCCACGAAUCACCCAUCGAAAGCGAAUUUCACAAGUUUGUGCUUUUCCAAUCUGGUCGGCGAAAUUAUACCCUCGAUAAAUUAAGCGAUGAAAAAACUUCUCUUUUGCAAAGUUGAAGAGGCAAAGAAAUUUCUAUGUUUUUGCAUAUUUACUCGCUCUUAUUAAGCAGCCGGGCUGUUUGGAAUUCAGUAAAGGACAUGUUGAUUGACCCAGCAGAAAAGGAUAGAUCCGGAGCAGCGAUGACUCAAGCAGUUUUAGAUCAAUCUGAUGAGCUCAGAACGACACACGGUGAUCAUUUGGAUGGGCAUGGAAUGGCUUGGUCAUUCUGGGCCAACAGUAUUUUGAACGCUCCUGCUCACCUACGAGAAGCAAUGAAGAAUCAUCCACCUCAGCAUUUAUCGCAUUUGUUUCGCGCGAAAGAAGGACCACGUAUCACCGCUAUUAGACGAGAAUUGAAUGUAGCUCAUGGUGUAAAUGAUAGUUUUCACGAGAAGAUCACGGCUCUUCGGCAGGCUUUUAACGUACUAGAAUCGAGCUUUGAACACUUCAGCGGAACGAUAAAAAUAGUAAAACAACGCCUCGAGGCCCUCGAGAUAAGAGAUAAGCUAAGCGAAACCCUCAUCAGUGCAAUGGAGUCGUCUGCAAGCGUUCAAGAAGAUCAAGGAGGCAAGGCAUUGAGCAUGGAAAUCACCGAUGCUGUAGACGUUGACCACAUCUAAGUUUGUUUUUUUUUUUCACAUUUUU